GUAUCCGUAUAUUUUGCUGCAGGAAGUAACGUUUACUUACAGCAAUUUAACUGCAUGACAGACAUGGUGCAGGAUUAAGACACUUAGCAUGUCGUUCAUUUUUUCUAACCUUCAAUUUGUAUUUUUAUAAUGUUUAUGAGAGUAAAAGAUUGUUAGUUUUGUAACGCUUUUAAACCAGUGGCAAUAAUGCUAGUCGUUAGCCUUUGCUAACCAGGUGAAAACAGCAAAUGAAUCAGAUUCUUACCGCUGAAACGCCUGCACACCAUAGUAGAUGAUGUGACAUUCUGAUUUAAACGUGUAAACAGGGGUUGGUGGAUAGAUUUUUGACCCUUUCUCGGUUGGUUUAAAUCGGUUUCAUCCAUAUAACGUUACUCGUCAUCAUGUCCGACCUCAUACAUACAUUUCAGUCACAGCUGUCCGGGGUCAUGGAGACCGUUUUUAAAGCUGCCAUAUUUGAGAUCACCCGUCUGGUGGAGGAGAGUUUCAUGAAGGAAAUGUCCCGCAGUCGAGAACAGGUGGAGACACUGAAGAAGAGGCUGCAGUGGAGUGAGUCCAGAUGGAGAGUCAGGAGCCACGAGCCACGAUGUGUGGCAAUGGCCAUAUAUCUAAGGAGAAGGGAGAUAAGACAUCACCACCAAAAUGAUGGUGGUCUCAAACAGGAGAACGUUCCAGAGAGAAGCCGGGGAAGCUGUGAGCUGGAGACUGACACGCUUUUGGGAAAAGAAAGAUCAGAAGACCAAACCAGUCUCAAUAACACAGCAGAGUUUGCAGAUACACAGGAUAGGAAACUGGACUGCACACUAAAAGAGGAGGCUGUCUAUAUCACCACUGAUUAUAAGGAGCUUCAGGACGGGUGGACGCUGGAUACUGAAGCUGAAACUUCUGAUUUCUCAUCACACAAAUACAGUGAGCAGGAACUGCAUCAGAUUCAGGAAGACUGGAGCUCUGGACUUAGUCCGCCUGCUGACAAUAAAAAUUACGCAAGUAGUGGAGAUGUCCAGGGACUGCCAUACCGAACACUUUACAACACGGAGGACCUGAUGAUCUACAAUAAACUCGACAUGGGAGACCCUAAUGGUUUUGGAGAAAGAACUGAAGAGACAUUGGGUAAUAUGGUAUUGGUUGAGCCUAUUUCAAAUAAUCUAAACAUGGCAAUGGAAGGUGAAAGACAUCACAAUAGCUCUUCCAAUAAGAGUAAGAGAAGAAAUAGAUGCACGUUGUCUGCACAGUGUAUUCCAGAAACACAAAAUUUUGAUAGAGACACACACUGUUUACUUAUUAACAAAAAUGGCCACUUCCAGGACAUGAGUACCCUUACUGAAGUUCACAGUGCGAUUGCAGGAGAUGCUGGACAUAGAGGGUAUUCACUUUAUGUUGGAGAUGUAGCUAAUGAUCCCAUUGCUGGACUUUAUAAGGAACAUACAUUAACUCUUAAUGAUGGAAAAGUGUUACAACUUAAUGAUGACGCUUCUCCAAAAGCAAACUCACUUUCUCAUCGAGAAGCAUACAUAUGCAACCAGUGUGGAAAGAAAUUUACUCAAGCCUGCAAUUUGAAGGUUCACCAACGUGUCCACCAGCACGAUGGUCUGCACUUGUGCAGUCACUGUGGCAAAGGUUACUCGUCAUUCAGUGAUCUGCGCAGGCACCGAUGCAGUCAGACCGGAGACAAGCCUUAUAGCUGCACGCUUUGCGGCAACAGAUUCAGCCGACUGUGGAAUCUCAAGCUGCACAAACGCAUUCACACGCAGGAGAAACCACACCAGUGUACUGUGUGCAAUAAGAGCUUUACCCGGGCAGAUAUCUUGAAAGUCCAUCAACGCACCCACACGGGAGAACGACCGUACUGUUGUGGUAUCUGUGGACUCAGCUUCAAACGGCUGGACCACCUUAGGUCACAUCAACGCAAACAUAGUGCUGACAUAUACAAUCAAUGAACAUGUUAUACCACACCACAAUGUUAUUUUUAAUACGGAUAUGAAACAAGACUGCAAUGGUUAUACAUAUGAAUGUAUUUAUAGAGGGAUAUGUUGAGACCAUGUUGGAAGCAUAUAUGUAUUUGUAUUUCUAUUUCUUGCAUUAAAUGUCUGUAUCAUUUCAUUAUUGCAGAAAAAAGUUUUUACCACUGCUCAUCAAAUGUCGCUAUUUAUUUAAGAUUUAUUUAAAAAAGGCAUCUGAUAUUUUACAUUAUGGUUAAUAAGUAUCUGUUUCUUUUGAGAUACAUGGCAAUUCAUAUUAAGAUAUAAAUCGCAUUAAUGCAGUAAUAAUGCAAUGUUUUCCUCAGUAUUGACUUUGUCCACAGUUUGGUUGAUGAAAUAAACAUGGGGAAUUAUAUUAA